AUGGCACACCAAUACCUCAUCAUGGCACACCUAUACCUCAUCAUGGCACACCAAUACCUCAUCAUGGCACACCAAUAUCUCAUCAUGGCACACCAAUACCUCAUCAUGGCACACCAAUACCUCAUCAUGGCACACCAAUACCUCAUCAUGGCACACCAAUACCUCAUCAUGGCACACCAAUACCUCAUCAUGGCACACCAAUACCUCAUCAUGGCACACCAAUACCUCAUCAUGGCACACCAAUACCUCAUCAUGGCACACCAAUACCUUAUCAUGGCACACCAAUACCUCAUCAUGGCACACCAAUACCUCAUCAUGGCACAUCAAUACCUCAUCAUGGCACAUCAACACCUCAUCAUGGCACACCAAUACCUCAUCUCAUCUUGGCACACCAAUACCUCAUCAUGGCACACCAAUACCUCAUCUCAUCUUGGCACACCAAUACCUCAUCAUGGCACACCAAUACCUCAUCAUGGCACACCAAUACCUCACCUCAUUAUGGCACACCAAUACCUCAUCAUGGCACACCAAUACCUCAUCAUGGCUAGACAGCACUCAUGGGCAGUACCCUCUCCUCCACUAGAGCUACUCGUGCCCAGUAACUAA